AUCGGAAGAAGAAGAAGAAGAAGGAGGAGAAAUAGGAAAUAGGAAAUAGGAAAUAGGAAAUAGGAAAUGGAGAUUUCCAAGACAAGCACAGAGAAUUCCAAUAGCAGCAGCAGCACGCAGUCUGAAACUGACAAUCAUAGCUCCGUUGCUCCCUACGUCGAGGGAGAGAAGGUCUUAGCCAACCACAAUCAAUGCCUUUAUGAAGCCAAGGUUAGGAAAGUUGAACACAACCGUAAAGCAUGGCUCUUCCAUGUUCAUUAUCUCGGUUGGAAGAAAAGUUGGGAUGAAUGGGUUGGCAUGGAUCGUUUGAUGAAACACACUGAGGAGAAUAUGCGCAAGAAACAUGCCCUUGACGAGAAACAUGGCAAUGAAAAGAAUGCUAAAGUCCCGCGUGGCUCUCAGGCUAAAUCCAAGACUACUUACGUUUCAAGAGGCAGGAAACGAAGGAAUGAAUCUGUCACCAAGGCAAAACCUGGGGUUGAUCCUGAGAAGCUUGUCAACAUUCAAAUUCCUACAACACUAAAAAAAAAAUUAGUUGAUGAUUGUGAGUUUAUUACACAUCUGGGCAAGCUUGUUAAACUUCCUCGUACUCCUAAUGUGAAUGACAUAUUGAAAAAUUAUUUUGAUUACAGAUUGAAGAAAUGUGGCUCGAUGGCUGGUUCAGUUGAAGAAAUUAUGAAAGGAGUGUGUUGUUACUUUGACAAAGCACUGCCAGUGAUACUCUUGUACAAUAACGAGCGCCAACAGUACCAAGAGGCUUGUCCAGCCAAUGUCUCUCCUUCUGCUAUAUAUGGUGCUGAGCAUUUGUUACGUCUUUUUGUUAAGUUGCCCGAGUUAUUGUUUUACGCUAGCAUUGAAGAGGAGACAUUGAUAGAACUACAGGUUCUUGCAAAAAAACCAGAGCGCAUUUUUCCUUUCUACUUAUCAUGUUGCAGAAGAUAUUGAGAACAGCACCAACAAACAAGGUCACUAGACUUUUGGACAAGAAUUGAUUUUGCUUUGUACAUAGUUUCAUAGCUGCUGCUGGUAUAGAAUGCUUGUCACAAUAGCAGUUUAUUUUUAUUUUUUCUCAUCAAAAUGAUGUGAUAUCAGAUUUUCCAUGGCUAUGUUUGAAUCGGUGGAAUGGAAUGAAAUGGAAUAAUUCAUAUUCCAUUUUGGAUUGGAUGGAACGGAAUGAAACCCAAUGGCAUGUAUUCCAUCUCAUUCUACGACUGUCAUUUUUCUUCCUUUCCAAUUUUUCAUUCUAUUGCUAUUUCAUCCCCGUCUUAUUA